AUGGACAAACAACAACAAGGAGCUCAGUGUCCAUUGCUGGACGUGGGCUACUGGGGCCUCAUCCUGGAGCCAGACCUGGUGGAGAAGCUCGUCUGCGAGCACUUGGUGAACUGGUCUCUACCUAUGGGGCCCAGACAGGCUCAGGCCAAAGGAGCAACAUGGAUGAUGGAUGAAGAGUCUACAAGGCGUUACGUCCAUCCUGUGGACAUCAGUCCUCAGCAGAACCAAUCUGAGGGAACCAGAGGGAGUAAAGUUCAGGAUGUCCAGGAGGACAGAGAGAUCACCGUGCUGCCACGGAGGAGGACGGACGAGCUGGACGACACUGACGAGAUGAAGAUCUCUGACUCGUCUUCCUCCUGCUGGUCGUCCUGUGUCCAUCUGAAGGACAGAUGUCCUCGACCGCGGGGACUCCUCAACCUGCUCAUCACUAAAGGGUGUUUGUUGGCGCUGCUGUUCAGCGUCGUCUGGUCCGUCACAGGAAGGGCAUGUUUACCUGGAGGGAACCUCUUCGGCAUCGUCAUCCUCUUCAUCUGCUCGGUGCUGGGGGGGAAGCUGGUGGGACUGGUCCAGCUGCCGACCCUGCCCCCCUUCCCUCCGCUGCUCGGCAUGCUCCUGGCGGGCCUGCUGCUCCGUAACGUUCCAUACGUGACCAACGCCGUCUUCAUCGACACUCACUGGUCAGCAGCUCUGAGGAACAUCGCCCUGUCAGUCAUCCUGACCCGAGCCGGGCUGGGCCUCGACCCGUCGGCGCUGCGCCGGCUGAAGGCCGUGUGUUUGCGUGUCGCCGUCGGGCCCUGCAUGGUGGAGGCCUGCGUCAUCGCCGUGGUUUCUCACUUCCUGUUGUCUCUGCCGUGGGUCUGGGGCUUCAUCCUGGGUUUUGUUCUGGCUGCCGUGUCUCCAGCUGUGGUGGUUCCUUCAAUGCUGCUCCUGCAGAGGGAGGGGUACGGAGUGGAGAAGGGCAUUCCGACGCUGCUCAUGGCUGCAGGAAGUUUUGAUGAUAUUUUAGCUAUAACAGGUUUCUCUACCUGCCUAGGAAUUGCCUUUUCAACAGGUUCUACAUGGAUGAACAUCCUCAAAGGUCUGAUGGAGGUGGUGGGAGGAAUCAUGGCAGGACUGAUCCUGGGUCUGUUCCUGGGCCUUUUCCCAAGCAAUGACCAGGAGGACCUGGUGUUGAGGAGGACUCUCAUGUUGUUGGGUCUGUCCAUAUUUUCAGUCUUCUUCAGUCAUGUCAUUGGUUUUGCUGGAGCUGGUGGUCUCUGUACAUUGGUGUUAUCUUUCCUGGCUGCUCUGACUUGGAAGGGUGACAAGGCUGCGGUGGCAGCUAUGGUGGGUCGGUCUUGGGAUGUGUUCCAGCCCCUCCUGUUUGGACUGAUUGGAGCUGAAAUCACCAUAGCGUCCCUCAGUCCCAGCACUGUGGGUCUGGGCAUGGCCUGCAUCAUCAUCGGUCUGGUGAUCCGGCUCAUCGUCACAUUCCUGCUGGUUCAUUUUGGAGGAUUCAACCUGAAGGAGAAAGUCUUCAUCGCUGUGGCCUGGCUGCCUAAAGCCACCGUGCAGGCUGCCAUCGGGUCCAAAGCGCUGGACAUGGCGAGGGAGGAGGGGGACGAGGCCUUCAUCAGGUUUGGUCUGGACGUGCUAACGUUAGCCGUGCUCGCCAUCCUGACCACAGCUCCCAUUGGCGCUCUGGGUAUCGGACUGUCUGGACCACGCCUCCUGACCCGGCAGGUCAAAGUAGAGGAGACCGAAGAAGCUCUGCCUCCGAACCUGAACGGACCCAUUCAAGACAAAGAUGUGACCUUUGAGAGCAAAUUGUGA